CAUGGCGCGGCGGAGGCGGCGGCGCGGCUGAUGGGCUCCGGCGCUUGGGAAGUCGUUUGGUGGAUCAGCGCUGAUAUACUGCUUUGGAAGCAUGGCUGAAGUAGAGCUCCCCAUCUCCAUGUGGAAUGUAGCUCCUAACGUGGGGUUCUCAUCUUUGCUUCCAUGUUGGGUUUUAACUGCGUGAGCUUGAUGCGCCUCAGCAGCUGCUCUGUUUCCUCGGCGUUUGAGCUAGACACCGAGUAAAGCGAUGAGGAGAUUUGUUUACUGCAAGGUGGUUCUGGCCACUUCUCUCAUGUGGGUGCUUGUGGAUGUCUUUCUGCUUUUAUACUUCAGUGAAUGUAAUAAAUGUGAUGACAAGAAAGAGAGGUCCCUGCUGCCUGCACUGAGGGCUGUCAUUUCUCGAAACCAAGAGGGACCUGGAGAGAUGGGAAAGGCUGUGCUCAUUCCGAAGGAUGACCAGGAGAAGAUGAAAGAGCUUUUCAAAAUCAACCAGUUUAACCUCAUGGCCAGUGACUUGAUUGCUCUGAACCGGAGCUUGCCCGACGUCAGACUGGAUGGGUGCAAGACGAAGAUCUACCCUGACGAGCUGCCCAACACCAGCGUGGUCAUCGUGUUCCACAACGAAGCCUGGAGCACUCUGCUCCGCACCGUGUACAGCGUUAUCAACCGCUCGCCGCCCCGCCUGCUUUCCGAGAUCAUCCUGGUGGACGAUGCCAGCGAGAGAGAGUUUUUGAAGGCCUCCUUAGAGAAUUAUGUGAAAAACCUGGAAGUCUCCAUAAAGAUCAUUCGAAUGGAGCAGAGGUCAGGGCUGAUCCGUGCGCGGCUCCGAGGGGCAGCGGCCUCCAAAGGGCAAGUGAUCACAUUCCUGGACGCGCACUGCGAGUGCACGCUGGGCUGGCUGGAGCCACUGCUGGCCAGGAUAAAGGAGGACAGGAAAACCGUCGUCUGCCCCAUCAUCGACGUGAUCAGCGAUGACACCUUUGAAUAUAUGGCCGGAUCGGAUAUGACUUACGGAGGGUUUAACUGGAAACUGAACUUCCGCUGGUAUCCGGUUCCCCAGAGGGAGAUGGACAGGAGGAAAGGAGACAGGACCUUGCCUGUGAGGACCCCUACUAUGGCUGGUGGCCUAUUUUCUAUUGACAGAAACUACUUUGAAGAGAUAGGAACUUACGAUGCAGGAAUGGAUAUCUGGGGUGGCGAGAAUCUUGAAAUGUCUUUUAGGAUCUGGCAGUGCGGUGGCUCCCUGGAGAUCGUCACCUGCUCACACGUUGGCCACGUUUUCCGAAAGGCCACACCUUACACAUUCCCUGGUGGCACGGGACACGUCAUCAACAAGAACAACAGGAGGCUGGCAGAGGUCUGGAUGGAUGAGUUUAAGGACUUCUUCUAUAUAAUAUCACCAGGUGUUGUGAAGGUGGAUUAUGGUGAUGUAUCCAUCAGGAAGGCACUAAGGGAAAACCUGAAGUGUAAACCCUUCUCGUGGUACUUGGAAAACAUCUAUCCUGACUCCCAGAUUCCACGACGCUAUUACUCGCUUGGUGAGAUCAGGAACGUUGAAACCAACCAGUGUUUAGACAACAUGGGCCGCAAGGAAAAUGAAAAAGUGGGCAUCUUCAACUGCCAUGGCAUGGGAGGAAAUCAGGUAUUUUCGUACACAGCUGACAAGGAGAUCCGCACGGACGACUUGUGCCUGGACGUCUCGCGGCUGAAUGGCCCUGUCAUCAUGCUGAAAUGCCACCACAUGAGGGGGAACCAGCUCUGGGAGUACGACGCCGAGAAGCUCACCCUGAGGCACAUCAACAGCAACCAGUGUCUGGAUGAGCCGUCGGAGGAGGAGAAGAUGGUUCCCACCAUGAGGGAGUGCGGUGACAGCCGUUCCCAGCAGUGGCUGCUGCGCAACAUGACCCUGGGUGCCUGAAGUCGGCGCUGCCUCGGCCGGGAUGUCCUUCUCCUCCUUUUCAUUCUCCUCCUUGCUGAGGCCAGUGGUGCUGGAGCCCUCUCCAAAUCCCAGCUGUCGGAGCAAAGUCACAGGAGGGUUUCCUUGGUGCGGUGGGUCUCCGCAUGCCUGUGACUGCUCAAAAGUAGCUCAUCUGAGCCUAUCAGUGUUAAAAAAUGUGCUGUUAUCAACACAAAUGUGCUCAGAAAUGGUUCCAGAGAUACCUCUAUGGACCCCACGUCAAAGAGGUUGGGAUGGAGGGUGUGUUCUGUGUGUCACGCACCACUAUGGAGAAGUGACCCAAGGUGAAACGCCUUAUGACGCUGACUGGCACUGGAACCAUGCUGGUAGGUGUCUCCUGGACUGGAUGUGUUCGUGCUGGUCUUUCUUGACAGCAUGGUGGGGUUGUUUGCUGUUCGCUCCUGUUUUGUGGGACCUGGUGGAGAACAGCACUGAGUCACCAGGCAAUGUGAAAGCUUUGUGGUUUGUGCCAGGAAAAACAAUGGGAUUUGGUGUUUGGAACAGCAGCAAAACUGAGCAAAGGCUGCACUCAGAAAUGGGAAUUAAAUUAAAUGAGGCAACAGCAGAAGGUGCCGGAACAAUGUCAAGGAGGAGGAGUGACACACGUAGGUCAUUCAGACCGGUGCAGAUUGAAAUGUCUUCUGUGGUAGGAAGAGAAACGGCUGGGCUGGACACCUGGGGAGCUGGGAGGGGUUGCAGAUGGAGGUACCAAAAACUGAGACCGCCAGAGACUGAGAGUUGGUCUGAACGCUGACCCUGGCUGCUGCCCGUAAGCGUUGGUGCGUACCUGCAUCCUGGACAAGACCCAGGCGAGAGCUUCACCUGUGGAUCCCCUGCGCAGAGGAUGAACCUGGAUCAACUCUGAGUUCUGGCUCCAGAUGUUCUUGCUUCUAUCGCGAUGACAGAUGUUUAUUUAUAUUUUCAAUAAUUUUGUGGCUUCAUCAUUUUGUGGUUGUUGAAGCUGGUGGCGCGCAGCCCUGGUGGGGAUGUCGCGGGAUCUGGUACCACGCUGGCCCACAGCGGGGUGUGGGGAAGGGUCCUCUACAUACAGGUGACAUUCAUGUCCUGGUGAUGUUCCCUUCAGUGACCCCGCAACCACGGGCUCCCCAAAAUGCAUCCACUGCACGAUGGGCUGGGCUGGGUUGCGUUUUCGGCAUGAAUCUGAUUUCCCAUUGCCUGGAGAGUUCGAGAGACCUAAAUCACAGGGCAGGAGCGUGGUUUCAGCACAGAUAACUGGUGAAAUGGUUCCCCAUGGUCACUCACAGUUCCUCAAAAGGUCCAUUUAUGCACUAGGUCAUUAAAAAUGACGAUAUUUUCUGUAUGAUGCUCUGGUUGUGAUGGAUUAAUAGUGUCACUAUAUAUAUAUAUGUAUUAUAAAUUUAUAGAUCAUCCAUAUUUUCUUGAUAUAUGUCAUUAGAUGAAGAAUAGAAGGAUAUUAAAUCAGGACAGCGAUUGCUGUGCAUGCGUGGGAGCUAGAGCAUCAUGGAUUAACUGAGAUUGGAAGUUCUUCCAGUCCAGCCUUCCUGCCCAAAGUAGAGUCAAACGCUUCCAGUUCUCAUCUUCAGAUCGCCACAAAAGUACAUGAUAUGGCUUAAAAGGUAGCAAAGUAGGAGAAGGCUGUAAUUGUGCCUCUUGGAAAGAGCAUGCAAACAUCACAAACAAAUUUAACCUCCAAUCUCCAUGCAGAAGAAGAACUAAUAAAGUGUUUCUUAGUCUCCUUUCCAAGGGCUCGUGCCGCACGCACAGCUGCUCCUGCUGGUAGGUCAUGGAUCCCGACCCUUGGCUUUUGCAUCUCGUUGUAGAAGUUUAUGUUGUGGAAGGUCCUGUAGCAUCCAGGAGCAUUAGGAGAGGGCAGAUGGUGGUGAGAUCUCUUCUGGGUGCCAGGGGUGGGGGCUGCCACGUCUCCUCUUCUGCCCUGUUCAGACCAUGAGAUUUUCGUGACAUCGUAGCUGGCAGGUGGUGGCAGGGUUGAUGUACAGCUGCCUGGACUUGAGCUGCAAUCUCAAAAACAGAUGAAGAAGAAGAGUAUUAUUCUCCUUAGAAGGUUAAUAUUGUUAUCAAGUGUAUAAUCCCUUGACUAAGACAGCGAGCGGCAGUGUUUGGGUUCGGUUGCUGCCUGCACUGCUGUGUCCCUGCCCUGGGAUGGGGGGAAGGAGGGAAUCCCUCUGGGUUGUACUCAUUUAGGAGCAAGUGUGCACAUCCCGCACGGCUGGAGGAGAAGUGUUGCUGUAGGUCUUCCGCACACUGAACCACAGAAGUACCUCUUCAACUUAAAUUAUGGUGAGUUAUGGGCUUCGAGGGGCUGGGUCUUGGAUUUACAUCCUUGGGAAGGACACGGAAACCCCAUGAGUCUCAUUCCAGAGGAAUUUCACACCAAGCCUUGUUUAUGGAGAGUGGGGGUGGUGAUGGUGAGGGUGCCUUAAAUGCCAAUGCAGCAUCUGAGGUGGUGAAUGGUGGGGUUUAGUGGAUGAACGUGAGCUACUGUAUGCUUGGACACCCGCCCUUCCUCCUGCCCCUGAGUUCAGCUGUGGCCUUGUCAAGUUAUUUGGGCCAAAAUAAUUUUGAACAGCUCACCCGUUGCCUCUCCUGGUGUCUGAGGCUCAGUACCCACAAAGGGAUCACAGAUCUUUGCUUCCCUCUUUAUAAAACAUCUCAGAAGAGCAUUGGGAGGAUUGACCUCUGUUUGCACAUUGCAUUUAAAAUGUAAAGAGCUUUACAAAUGCCGAAUAUUUAUUGUUUUCACUGGAAAAGUGUUGCCUUGCUUUGAUGAAAGCAGAGCGAGGUGGGUGGCAUCAGCGAGGGGAUGUUCUGAAGGAUGAAGUUGAACCACGAACGCUGUAAAAAGCUGUGUUCCUCUUGAUCUCCUUGCAUCUUCUGCAGAUCCACAGUGGUGCUGGAAGCCAGCCCCGGACCUGGAAUGGAUCAACUGACCUAGAAGGGUUUCUGCCAAUGUGUUUUUCCCCAUCACCAGGAGGACUGAUUUAUUUAGUUGUUGCACUUGAACAGAAAAGCUGCAGAACUCCCUGUUCUGAUUUUUUUUUUAUUUAAAAUUUAGGUGAGAUCUUGGGGAUAAAUGUUUUGCUGUUGAGGUGGGGAGGCCCUGGCCCAGGGUGCCCAGAGCAGUGGGGGCUGCCCCAUCCCUGGAGGGGUUCCAGGCCAGGUUGGAUGGGGCUUGGAGCCCCUGAGCCAGUGGGAGGUGUCCCUGCCCAUGGCAGGGGUGGCACUGGAUGGGCUUUGAGGUCCCUUCCAACCCAAACCGUUCCAUGAUUCUGUAAAAUUGGAGAUCCCAUCUGAUCGCUUGUCCUUGGGCUGCAUCUCGUGGGGAUGCUGGGCAGAGCCUGACACGAGGCUAUUCUCGGGAGGUCGGAGCUGUCAAAGGGAUUGGAACAGAUUGGGGAGAUGAAAAGGAGUUGGGCAGUGCUGGGAGUUUUGCUGGGGAGCUGAAAUCCCUCCCACAUCCCCGCUAACCCAGCUGGUGAGACUACACCACACAUAACCUGCUGAUAAGGACCAGCUCCCUGCACCCGGUGGCGUUGGAGCAACACCAGCGAUGUGUUUUGAUGCUUCUGUGGCUUUCUGCGUCCGUGCUGCUUCUCCUACAGGUACAGCAUCCAGCCAGAACCAUUGCUCUGAUGCGUGGCCGCUCCCAUCUCAUUUCAUUUUCCCUCUGCGAGCGUGUGUUCAGGACAGCUUGGUAAGCGGUGCCUCGGGAAAAGUCCUGGGUCCGAGAGUUUAUUGGAAAUAUGGGAGAAUUCUGCUUGGUAUUUUCAAAGCAGGAUAAAAAAGAGGGGAGACGGACACGCUUACAAAGGCUCCUGAAUAAGUGCUGGGAACACAAAUAGAAAUGAAAUUUAUAUAUAAAAUAGAUGGUGGAUAAGGAUUUACACAUUUUCAAUGUUGUAACAGUAAUUAAAUGGCAUUCUGGUACUCUUUGCUGUACAUUUAAAUAUUUAUAUACAUUUUUGUAGAAUUAAAAUACACUGGUUUAGUUUUCU